CUUUUUUGCCAAAAUAAUAAUGUUUUGAAUAGUAAUUCAAAAUCAAUUUCAAUAGUAAUUAAGGUUUUUGUCUUGUCUUUUGAGUUACGUAGAAUGAAACGAGCGCAACGUUCCGUUUUAUUGUAAUAACAUUUCUUGUUUUAUCUCUUAUUUCUAUCUUAAAAAAAUAGCAUUUGAAUUCGACAAAAUUAAAUGUUAUGAUUAGUUAGAAGUAGCGUUACGGUUAAUAUUCUAUAGAUUUUCUUUAAUAAAUAAGCCAACUUGAAAAUUUAGCAUUUUCCUUAUGCUCCUGCUGCAAUGCUGAUCCUAGUCCUUACUUGAUUGGAAUAAAAACUUUUGAUGUUAGUUUAAGAGUUAUCUGUACAUAUUCAAUAAAAUGUCUAAAGUUUACUUAAGACUUCGAUAUCCAACAAACCUCUUGAGGUGAUUCCACACACCCGCUGCAUCAGCAUUGCGUCAUCGCAGCUUUCCGAAAUUUAUGUGUGAUUGAUUACCUUGCUGUCGCUUCGUCCUUCUACGUUACCCGUUUUGAAGCAUUGGGACGCCAUCCGGAUCCGCGGUUUUAGAGCAUCGUGUGACAUGGCCUUUGGGCUUUGGAUCUAUGUAGAUCGGCAGAGCGUCUGAGUGACCACACCCUAAGGCGUAGCGCACACAAAAUAAAAUGUUUAUCCUGCUUUUGCAUGAUUCUCAUAAUUGGCCUGAUAACACGUUAUAGGUACCUAAAGUACCUUCCAUUCGGCCAUUCGAACACUUAAACUAUGUUCGAAGUAAAGUUUGAUUUAGGUAUUUAAUAAAUACUUUCGCAAGGUUUUUUUUUUCAUUUCGCGCUUUUCCACUGACUAUACAAAAUGUUUCCCAUUCUAUUUAAAAUAAUUAUUCGCGAAUCUCAAAAAAGAAGUUCUGCUGCCAGUAACGAGUGGAAUCGAACAUCCUUGAUCCUUCACAACAAGGACUAGUCCCCUGUUUAGCCAUUGACCGUAAUUACAUAGAUAUCAAUAACUCCUUGAUAAAUGCUAUUUAUAUGUAUAGAUUAGUAUGUAAUGCCUCUAAGCUCGCAUGAAUUACCUUUUUGUGCGAAGUCACGAUAGACUUUUUUCAUAACGGCGGUUGGGAUUCAGUCAUGAUGUAAUUCGCAUUCUGUUUAUUUCCUUUACUAUGAUUAAAAAAAAAAUGUUACUUAGAUCUAAUCCAAUUGUUCAAGUGUCUGGGCCGUAUUAUCUGUUUCAGUUGUGGAAAAAAGAUGCCACUCUACUCCGUGCACUUAUUUAGAAUUCCAUCUUGCGUCUACAAUCUUGCGGCAACAGUCAUAUUUUGAGUCAGUUUAUCAGAUGUAGUAGGGUCCCUUAUAUCCCCGCACUACAGUACUAUUGUCACCACCAAGGCCGCUAUUAACGCUCUAUAAAAAUAAAAAUAGAAAAAAGAUUAUUCAUAUUCAUGACAACGCCAGAUAUUCUCCAUUAAAUGAUAACAAACUUUUCUAUUGAAAUCACCCAAAUAAAAACAACCAGAUCAUCACCUAUUCUUAUAUUAUAAAAAGGCAUUCAAUGCGAUUACGAAACUGAUGUUUGGAUAAAAUCCAAUUGACUUUAGCCAACUUUGGAGUCCACUAAUAACUGCCUGAAAUACUUGUCCAUUGUCAAAAACAUCCUUAUUGGAGGAAUUUGUAUUCAAAGCGACGAGCUAAGCGUUUGUUACGAUCUUAAUUGGCAAUAAUGUGUACUUAGAAAUAAAACGAAAACGGUUCCGUAUGCUUUAAUGCUAGUAAACAAGAGAGAGAUACGUCUGACAUAGAUCAAACGGGAAAUGUUUUUGUCACAAGUCAUAAAUUAAAUUAACAAAAAAAACUUGAAUAACUACUUGACUUGAAGCAUCGGAAACCAGUUAAUCAAAAUUAAAUAAAAAGUACAUAGACAUUACGAGAAGCUGUCGCUCAUACCUAUACCUACGUGUAAGCAUAUUUACCGAAAUCGCGUGACCGCGGACAUUUCUAAGGAACCUCAAAACAUGUAAAUCAUCUCAUUAUAAUAAUAUACCUACAAAAUACAGAAAACUCAUCCUCUGAUGUCGUAUGUGCCAUCAUUCUUCACCGACCACCGACGGCAUUGACAUGUGCUCGUGAACAACACAUAUUUAUUUUAUUCGUUACCAAAUGCGUCGCGAAAAUGGAAUCGAAUACAACGGACUUUAGAUCGAACGUUACUUUAGACGAAGUGAUAGAUUUCUUUAACUUGAAUAUAUCAAAUGUGAAUCAAAGUGAAGUGACUCAGAUACAUUUGUUCGACUUGUACGAAGCUUAUCGUACGAUUGAGAAGGAACAGUUGAUGGUGUACAAGUCCGUGGCUUACAUCAUUGGAACUCUCAUCAUAUUGAGCAACUUAACUGUUGUCAUAUCCAGUGGAUUGAUUCUCAGAAAAGGUCAACAACCCAAGAGUACGUACCUUUUACUGGGAAAUGUGUCUCUUGCUGACACCAUCGUUGGGAUGUCUCUCAUUUUCGGAGUGACAGUGGAUAACUCUGUGAGUUCCAACCCCCUGUGUAUCUUUCAAAUAGGUAUGUUGGUAUGUCCUGCUAUGGUGUCCAUCUUCAGCGUCGGCCUGAUCGCCGUGGACCGCUACAUCUACAUUCUCCAUGGCCUCUACUACCAGAGGUGGUUCAACACCACGCGUGUCAGAAUCGGGAUCCUCUGCAUCUGGCUAGUCAGUAUAACGCUUGGAUUCCUGCCAGCCACAGGAUGGACUAACACAGAGCUGAUGCUCACACGAUGCUACUACGUAGCCCUCUUUCCAGGCAGCCUUAUACUUAUCAACUCCUUCCUCAGUAUAGUCCCAAUCACAGCUGUUGUCAUCCUCUACUCCAUUAUCUUAGUACGUGCCCUGAAAACAGUGAGAGAAGUAAAAGCAGGAACUAAGCACAUCAAAGAAAAUGCCAAAUCUCAUGACAAUUCUAAAUUAAGAAUUUCCCGCGGGACCAACAAAAAAGCAAACCCUCAAAACCUUUUGCCUGCCACACCAAAGUGCAGAUUGUUUAAAAGUGCAUCCUUCAAUGUUAAUUACGUAAACGAAGGAGGUAAAGUAAAGCCAGCAAUAUCCAUAAAAUCUAAAAGCAACCAUGACCUCAAUGUUAAUCAAACAAUGACAAACGGUUUAAGAAAUAUUAACAGCCAGUGUAAGUCCACAAGCCAUUCCAUGUUUAGUAUUUGCACUAUAGAAUCCCAAGUUUCCAAUCCGAACCUCUUAAUGCCAGAUGAUAAACCGACUAGAUUUCAGAAGCAGGUCAAAAAAGUUUGUAACGUGACUGCGAUUUGUCGUAAGCCAAAGGAACCGAAAGAGCCUAAUAAAUGGAGAGCGAUCACCAUUGUGCUGUUGACUUCUGGGAGUUUUAUGAUAACUUGGAUGCCGUUCUUUAUCACUGUGACAGUUUUUGUUUUCUGUGAGGACAAAUUGACGAAUCCAAGUUGCAGGCAUAUGAGAACGUUGCUCGGUGGUCCUUUAGCUGCCUUGGCCUUUUUGAACAGUUUGUUAAAUCCCGUUAUAUAUACGUGCUGGCAUAAAGGCUUCCAGAAGUCUGUCAGGACUAUCUACAGAAAGUUUUUUCAGAAAUAUAUAUGUAAGAACGAGAGUUGACAAUUCAUAAAUAAUAUAUAAUUAUGUUAUGAUUUAAAACUGAUAUCCAUGUCAAGAUGCUCUCUGUAGAUAUUUGUCUAAAGGUAUUUUCAUAUAAAAGGACAAAAUGUACCAGUAUUAAAUUCUUAAUUACAGAUAUUAAAUUCUGCUUUGAUUUUAGGCUUAAGAUUAAUGCCAGCCUAAAAUCAAAGCAUUUUAUGAAUUCAAUAAAGUAAAAACAUCACUAAAUUGUCAUGUAUUGUGUAGACAUUUUUGUCUCUUGUAAUUUGUAAGUAUUUAGCUUAUAUGUAAGUAUUUUGGAUGUAUGCAUAUUGUCGAUAACACUAGCUUUAAAUGUUUUUAGUAAAGAAGGUACUUACAUAUGUAUGACAGCUCAUCAAACAUUCAGUCCCCGAGACGAUGAAACACGUUUGUCUUAACUAGAUUUGAUCGCUAACGAGCUUCAAACGACUAUUUUUCUUGCUGAUUCAUUUUGCACAUUGUGAAUUGCACAGUUAAGUUAAAGGACCUUCAUAGGUUUCACGUUUAACAAACAUUUUUGAUCGUUUCUGUGGGUUUUUUAAUAUAACAAUAUUUGGCAUCCUCUAAUGACGGGAUUCAAUCCAAACAGGUAUAUUCAUAUCAACACUGCCAGCUAUGGGCUGGACGGGGAAAACGUUCACAGACUACCGCUGCUGGUACAUCGCCGUCUUCCCCUCCGCCU